AUGCUGCGUCCCGUUUCGACAAGCCGCCUCGCCGUACGGCGUGGCGCUCUGCGUCCUCUCGUCGCCGGAUCAGUCCGCGCAGCCUCCAGCCUUCCGCAAAAACCCAUCCCCAUGCCCCCCGACAUGCCGCGCGAGGACUACGCCGAACCAGCGGCCUACACUGUAAACUUGAUUGGCCGCACAAUCAAAUACAUAAUUUACGGCACCCUCGGCCUUGGUGUAACAGCCUACCUCGGCUUUGAGGGAAUGCACGCCUACGUCGAGCGUGUAUGCCUCGCCCCUCCCUCUCACGCCUUAGAAGGAGACGAAUACGCAUGGGCCGACGAGAACCAAUCCUGGACCGGCGGUGCAAAGGGGGGUACAGACCGGCGCUUGGGCUGGAAGGGCCGGCACGCUCUCCGUGGCGCCUGGAUCUGCUGGGAAUGGGGAGCCGGUGAUUCGGGUGGAACGAUUUCUCGUCAUCCCGAGUUCCGAAAGGGCAUGAUUGGGAGUUCGGUCAACCGCGUCGACCGGGGCUACGAGCUGGCCGACGAAUAUAUCGAUGCGGCGAUUCGAGUGGCAGAACAGAAAGGCAUCACCUUUCCCCCCAACCUCCCCGGAUUACGUGAGCCUGGUCCAGCCGGACUGAAGGCGUCCCAAGCCGAUGAUACCGCGCUCGAUCUCCUGUCGCUCAAGGCUGGCGUGCUUGAGCGUAUGGGAGUCGAUACGCUCGACCACGCGCGCGAGUUGUAUGCCCGUGUUGCGACCGCUUAUUUGCGCGACGUGGGGGGUCCUGUCCGCGCUGCCAGGGCUAUGCGACUCGCUCAUAAGCUUGGUGAUCUGGCGCAGCGCGCAGGAGAGCCCGAGGAGGCAUGGGCGUGGUGGACGUGGGGACUUGAGCGGGCCGAUAUGGCGCUUCCAGCGGUCCCGAAGGCCGUCAAGAGCAGCAAGAGCAUGAGCAAGCAGAGCAAGGCUUGGUGGUCAUUUGGAAGCUCCCCGGCUUCUCCCACUGCCACUCCGGACCCCACCCCAUCCGCGUCCGCCACUCCGGCUCCCACCCUGCCAGCGCCAGUCCUUCGCGCCGCCGUGUCGAUCCUCGUCUCGGCAUCGGCGGCGUCCGCACAGGCCGGUGCGCUCCCCACCGCUGCGGCCGUCCAAGACACCGCCCUCGACCUCCUUCCAUCAGUCAAGCCCUCCAUCCCCGGACCUGGACAGGGCGCCUCGGGCCUUCAAUCGCUAUGGCAAGCCCAGCGUCGCGCCCUCUUAACCCUCCACUCCGCGAGCGUGAAGCACGCCCAAGGAGUCGUGGGAUACCCGCUCGAGAUGUCCGCCCAAUCGGCCGACGAGAGCGAAGUCGUCCUCGCAAUCCUCAACCCUACCCUCCCCACUGCACUCUCCCAACCCCGCGAGAACCCCUGCAUUCAACCCGCGAAACGCCUCGUCCGCGAUACGUUGACCACUGGCGCCGAGGCCUACUUCACCGAAGCGGCUCUAUUGGAACGCUCGGCAGCUGGUAAAGAGAAAUCCGAGGCGCUGCACAGGCUCGAACACGCCGCCGAGAGCUAUGAGCGUGCGAUGACACUUUCGGCGGCCGAGGAGGGACAGACCCCAGCUGCUGGGUUUGGGGAGGAAGACGCGAUUGGGAGGGGAGACGAGUGGACGCGGUACUGGAAGGGAUAUGUGCGGGUGCGAGAUAGGAUGUUGCAGCUUAUUGAGGAGGGCGCCGAGCCGACCAAGCAUGCGUAG